AUGGUCCCGACCGCAGACCAAGACACGUCGUACAGCCCUCCUCGUUAUGACCCCGUCGAUGAAGCUACAGUCGCUCCAUCCCGGGAGAUCACGCGCACACCCAGCCCUACGCCCAGCGAAUUCAAGGCGGUAAACUCAAAAGGUUUCCUCUACGACUCUAUCAUACAGGCCGUCCACUGGAAGACAUGGCGGGACUUCAUCCCCAUCAUCAUAGUCGCAUUCAUCCUCUUGCUCGUCAUCCUCAUGAGCGUCUUCCAGAACCAGAUCAUUGACGUGCUGGAAGGUCCUGCACGGUGGAUAUAUGCCCUGCCUGCAGGCUGGCUGAUUCCCAUUGCCAUCAUGAUCAUAUUGUCGUUCCCUCCGCUGUUCGGCCACGAGUUUAUUGCGAUGAUGUGCGGUCUUGUCUGGGGCCCGUGGAUUGGCUUCGCCAUCGUUGCGGCCGGCACCGUCAUCGGAGAGAUGUUACUCUUUUUCGUCAUCCUGCACGGACUGCGCAAGUACAUGGAAAAGAAGAUGCAGGACAUCAAGUUCCAGGCGAUCGGCAACGUCGUCCAGAACGAAGGCUUCAGAGUCAUCCUCGCCGCGCGGUACAGCGCCAUCCCGUCGCACUUCACCACCCUCGUGUUCGCGGCGUACCGCGUCCCGUUCUGGAAGGUGCUCGCCUCGAUGAUCCUGUCGCUGCCGACGCAGAUGGCGAACGUCUGGAUCGGGUACGACCUGAGCGACGCGGGCAGCGGCAAGGACGGCACGCGCACCAAGAUCAUCACGUAUGUCGUUCUCGGCGUCACCAUUGCUGUGACGAUAUUCGCGAUGCAUUAUCUGCGCGCCAAGAUCCAGAAGGCGACGGUCGAGGUCGUGUACAGGCGCCGCAAGGCCAGGCAAGCAAAAGCGGAGGGAUUCCCGAGCGAGUUUUCUUCGGGUCAGCUGUACGACCAGUACGAUGGGCGGGGGAGCACCGAGCGCAUUUUGCCGUCUGGCCAGCGCGAGGCGUCGGACUAUGCAUGAGUGCCGAUGUGAUGGGUAUGGCGAGGGCAGCGAGGAUCUUUGGAGGG